UGACUAGAACUAGAACUGCACUUUGUAUUUCUAGUUUUUUUUCCGAAACGAUGAAUUACGAGAGAAGUGUCAAAAAGUUAUUAAUUAGUAUUUAAAUCACUGUUAUUUAAAUAUUAUUAAAUAUGACAUUUAUGUUACGAGCGUAUGCAUUUGGUCAAAAAAGACUUCUCUUGAAAGAUUUUAAUGAUUUGAAAUUCGGUUUAACUUGUAUUACACGUAGCGAUUACAAUUUUGAGAGAUAUUCUUCAGCACAGAAUGUAAAGUUUCUUCGCAAUGUGAAUUCUGUCUUUCAAAAAAAUGUAGAAAGAACUGAAAUUUAUUAUGGACCUUUAACAAGACAAAUUAAGAUUCUCAAACUUUUUUCAUUAUUAACCUCCUGUGGUGGUUUAAUGAUUCAACCGGUUGUUUACUCGAAAGCUGUGGAAAAUGAUAAUAUAGGAGUUGUUUUAGGAAUAUUUGCAUGUAUCGGAUUUUUCGCUUUAACCACUCCUUUAUUAAUACAUAUGAUAACCAAAAAGUAUGUAACACAUCUAUAUUAUGAUGCAAAAGAAGAUAUGUACAUUGCAAACACUUAUAGUUUGUUUGCGCGAACAAAAGAGCUCACAUUUACACCAAAGGAUGUAGUAGUACCAGAUGUAACUGGAAUGUUUACAAAUUGUGUUAUAAAGAAUAUCCCUUUAUUUUUAGAACAAAGCUUUUUCUAUGACUCUAGUCAUUAUAUUCGUAUAAUGGGAUAUGAUAAACCAGUAGACUUUAAAUUAAAUAAUAAUCCUAAUCAAACAGUCACAACAGAUUGUAAAAAGGAUAAAAAAUAAAAAAUAAUUACAAGAUUAUA